ACAACACAAAUGGAGGGUUUAUUUGCCAAUGCUUUCCUGGUUAUAUUUUCAACACUUCGACGUGGAGAUGUGAUGCAAGUCCCGACGAAAGUGACUCAUGUAGUGAAGAUGAAGUUACUGGAUGCAAUGAAACGUCCGGAUGUGUAAAAGAAACCGACGGCUCUAGUUGUUUCUGCGAGUCUGGUUAUGAACUUGAUGAAAGUGGCAUGCUAUGUAAAGAUAUUGAUGAAUGCAGAAGAAGUGUCUGCCCACAGGAUUGUACGAAUACAUAUGGAAGUUUUGAAUGCAACUGUUUCAUUGGAUACGAGUUACAAGGGAAAACAACAUGUAAAAGGUGCGAUGUCCCUAAUUGGGGUAAAAACUGUUCAAAAAAAUGUGAAUGCACUGGUCAAGGUGCCGAUCGAUGUGACCCUGUUAAAGGUUGUAUAUGUUUACCUGGUUGGACUGGUGAAAAGUGUAACAUCGAUAUUGAUGAAUGCAAAGACAUUGUUGGAGACAUCUGCAAAGACUCCCGCAAAGAAUGUGUGAACAAUCAAGGAACAUACAGCUGUAAAUGUAUAAAGGGAUUUAUUGAAUCCUUCGACGGAACUUGUGAAGAUUUUGAUGAAUGCCUAAACCCAGUUACAAACAAUUGCAUACAGUCAUGUACUAAUACCGUCGGAGGAUAUACGUGUGGGUGUCACAAAGGAUUUUCAAAAAUUAACGAAACACAUUGUAAAGACAUCGACGAAUGUAUUCUCGGAACAGCAGGAUGUGAACAAGUUUGCAAAAACAGCCCUGGUCACUACAAUUGUUACUGUUUCUAUGGUUACACACUGAACGACGAUAGAAAGACGUGCUUAAAAUUAUCCAAUACAUGUGAGGCACAUUAUGGUCUUGAAUGCUCUCAUUAUUGUUACGUAAAAGAUGACCAAUCUUCGUGCAAGUGUCGUAAAGGCUACACAUUACAGAACGAUAAUGAGACAUGUAAAGAUAUAAAUGAAUGUGACGAUAGUGAUUUAAACAUGUGUUCACCCGCUUCCGAGUGCAUGAAUACCAAUGGAUCAUACAACUGCCAGUGUCCUACUGGGACAAAACUUGAGAAUGACGGACGUACUUGUUCAGAAUGUGACGAGUUUCAUUAUGGUUUAGAGUGUUCCCAGAAGUGUAGUUGUCUACAUGGUUAUUGCCAUAAUAUACAAGGAUGUAUUUGUUCGCCUGGUUGGGAAGGCAGCAACUGCGAUACUGAUAUAAACGAGUGUGCCAUAAACGCAAUCAUUUGUAAGGGUGAACAUAUUGAGUGUGUUAAUACAGCCGGCAGUUCUGUUUGUAGAUGUCUACCCGGAUUUUACAACGUGUCAGGAAAUUGCAAAGAUAUAGAUGAAUGUAGCGAUAGCUCAUGGAAUAAUUGCGACCAGAAGUGCAUCAAUAAUAAUGGCAGCUACUCAUGUGCCUACGAGACUGGAUUUAUAUACCGUGAUGAACAAUGUCAAGAUAUCAACGAAUGUCGACAGGGUGAUAGAUGUGACCAAAUAUGUGAAAAUACAGUUGGAAGCUAUAGGUGUAUGUGUAAACAAGGAUUCAGCCUGGAUCUGACGGAUAGAAAGUCAUGUAUAGUGAACAACCAAUGCACAAAUGAAACCAAUACGUGCGGGGAUCAUGCAACAUGUUUUAUGGAAAACGGCAAGCCAAGCUGUAUCUGCAGCAAAGGUUUUGAGAAACAUGGAUCAAUUUGUAAAGAUAUUGACGAGUGUGAAGAUGCAAAUGGAAUGUGUACUCAGAUUUGCAACAACACCCUUGGUAGCCAUAUAUGCAGCUGUAACGUUGGCUUCGUCUUGAUGAACGAUAGAAUAACAUGUCAAGCAUGUUCAGAGGGGAUGUUUGGACAGGGGUGUAAAGAAAUAUGCAUAUGUAACACAGCAAAUACGAAAACAUGUGAUAACGUAGAUGGAUCUUGUACAUGCCAUAAAGGCUGGGAAGGCAGGAAAUGUGAUGAAGACACAAAUGAAUGUAAAAGUAACACUGACAAUUGUCCAGAAAACUCGGAAUGUGAAAAUAGUGUAGGAAGCUACAGCUGCAAAUGCAAUUCUGGUUACACAAUGGGAAGCAAUGGAUUAUGCAUAGACAUUGACGAGUGUAAACUGGAAGAGUAUCCUUGUACACUAGACAUCUGUGAAAAUACUGCCGGAAGCUACGAGUGUAAAUGUAACAUCGGUUUUGCAGAAAUAGAAAACCAGUGCUUACGGUGUAAGAAUAACACAUUUGGUGAAAACUGCUUGCAAACCUGUAGAUGUAACGGAGAACAUUCUGUUGACAAAUCCCAGACGUGUGACACCGCUACAGGCAAAUGUAUGUGCCAAUCAAACUGGCAUGGUGAUACGUGCAAUGACGAUGUUGAUGAAUGUGAGGACAAAACGAUAUGUAAGGAUAAAGAUAAUACUGUCUGUGCUAAUUAUGAUGGCGGAUAUUCCUGCAAAUGUGAACAUGGUUAUAAAGAGUACCCCAGUACAAUUUGCAUUAAAGAAUCGCCAAUAAUGAUAGAUCUUACAGUGAAUAUGACUCUAAGUAAUCCGCCCGACACAUGCUCUGUUGAGGAUCUUAAAAAUAACGCGACGACCAGUCUUAUUGACUUUUAUAAAAGGUAUACAGACGCUGCUGUCAUUAUUAUUGUUCCGAAUUUAAGUUGCAGUCCAGAUGUUUCCCGUAGAAUAAAGAGUAAACAUUUGGUGAUAUUAACGAUAAAUUACACGGUUAGUUACAACGUGGAUGACAAAGAUGUUGCUUCGGAACUGACAGCCGCCACUAUUGAUCUAACAUAUGGAGCUAAUCUUACUUUUGGAGGAGAAAUUGUCUUUGUCAAAGCAGUAAAUGUGAAAAGUAAGGAGCCUUGUGAUGUUUACUUAGAGACUCUAGGAAAAUGUGCUGACGGUUUCAGGUGUGAAAUUGAAAACGAAAGACCAGUUUGCAGAUCAAGCAGUUCCAGUGUUAACCUAGCAAUGAUAAUCGGUGUUGUAUGUGGGUUCUUCAUUCUGUUGUUGGUAAUCAUUAUUAUGAUCAGAUGUCUUAGACAGCGAAAUCAAAGGAAAAAGGAUGACCUCAGGAUGCAAAAAGAACUGACAACUGCUUCAGACCUUGGAAAGAAGCUUGAAAACGUGAACAAGCGGCAGCAAAAUGUCUACAAUGUGUUAAAUUGGCAGACUGGUAACACGGCGGCAGACAUUGAAGAUAAGACCGAUAACAAGUCUAAUAUUUACAUGACCUGGAAAUCUAUAGCUUCAAGAUUCACCAUGUCAUCUGAAAGUGAUUCUAAAAGUAAUGGCCAAUUCCACAUUCCUCGAGCUAGAAUGAGGCCAUCUCCUUGUUCGAAUCCGGACUACAUAACACCAAGGGAAUUCUGAACCAGUUGGGACAUGUUACUUCGAUUUAUAUCUUUUUAA